CGGACUGUCAUUGCCUCUCCCUCCCUUUUAGUUUCUCUCGGAUCUGCCGGUUCCAAAACCCUAAUCUCCGAAAGCUCCGGCACCGAUCGAAGAGGAGAGAGAGAGAGAGAGUCAAGGGCCACGGCGAUGGGGAAGAAGAAGAAGCGCCCUUCGAAGGUGUGGUGCUACUACUGCGAUCGGGAGUUCGACGAUGAGAAGAUCCUUGUCCAGCACCAGAAGGCCAAGCACUUCAAGUGUCAUGUCUGCCACAAGAAGCUCUCCACCGCUGGCGGCAUGGCCAUCCACGUUCUCCAGGUCCACAAGGAGACCGUCACCAAAGUUCCCAAUGCUAAGCCUGACAGAGAAUCAACGGAGAUUGAGAUUUACGGAAUGCAAGGAAUUCCUCCUGAUAUCUUAGCAGCACACUAUGGAGAGGAUGAAGAGGUGCCAGUAAAGACAGCCAAACUGGAAGUUGCAUCCACUGGGCUCGUUGGUGGAGUGGUUCCUGGUCCAGUGGGCGUCAGAUUUCCUCCCUCAUCAGCAUAUGGUGCAGUUCCACCAGCAUACAAUCCUGCAAUUCCGGUGAUGCCUCCAACAUGGCCUAUUCCAGCUGCUCGACCGCAGCCUUGGUUUCGAUCGCCAAUGGCUGUUCCAGUUCCUCCUGCACCUGUUUUGGCACCACAACAGCCAUUAUUUCCUGUCCAGAAUGUUACAAGUCCCAUGACCUCCACUUCUGCCCCUGGACUUCAAUCACCACUUCAAACUGGUCCACCUGGCCUGCCCUCAUCUGCACCACCUGUAAUAUCCCAACCACUAUUUCCGAUCAGCAGUCCAGCUGGUGCACCUCCUCAGAGUUCUCCAUUUUUGGCAACAUCUUCACCUGCAAUCGUUUCGUCAAGUUCCCCAACAAUGUUCAAAGGUGUAGCUGAUGCAAAUUCUGUUUUAAAUACUACCCUAGCAAGUGGUUAUGUGGCUCCAAAUGUUCCAGGUGGUACAUCAUAUGCAAACUCACAUAUGUAUGCAUCUGGUCCAAACACUGAGAAUCCUUCAAUUGGACCUCCGCCUGUAAUAUCCAACAAGCCACCUCCUUCCCAUCCUACCACAAAUGAGGUCUACUUGUUAUGGGAUGAUGAAGCAAUGUCAAUGGAGGAAAGAAGAAUUUCUCUAGCAACAUAUCAGGUGCAUGAUGAAACUAGCCAGGUAAGUUGUUACCACCUUUUAUUUACUCAUUCAAAUGGAUAUGCAACUUGGUUGCAAAUCCGGAUAGGUAGGGGAAAAGGAAAAAUCAAUUCAGAUCUCUUGUGCUAUAUUUUAAUGUAGUUAAUAUUUGAUUACUCCUUCUGAAUGUUUAUAAUAUAGUAUAUUGUGGAAUAAGUGCAUUUGUGGCUCUUCUGAGUUUUACCACUAGGCCUUCUAUCCAAUUAAUUUGAAGUUAUGACGCUCUGGUUGUUGGGAAAAUGGAUAUUCUUCUUAAUCAUUUUUGAGGGGGUGUGUUGGGGGGUAGGGGAGGAUAUCCAAGUUAUGACACUUGGAUAUUCUUCCAAAUAGGUAUUUACAUUGUUUUUGCUGCUAGUUAGUGCUACAAAUCUGAUGAGUUUGUGCUGCAAAUGACUCGAUGGUUCUCUCAACCUAGCAUCAGGCCCAUGCAAAAAUGUAUGUAUUGUGUUCUGAUUAAGUUUUGAGUUUAUUUUUACAUGGUAUUUAUUCUCCCUAUUGCUUCUUAAUGAGUGUUGGGCUUUGAGUGGAACCUGAAUAUAUGCCAGCAGGCUUUUACCAAUCAAUAGGUAGCAUUUCUUGUUAUCUGUUUUUGAUCACAGUGUGGGACCAGAGUUGAUACAGGUCAGCUUUCAUUCAGAAGCAAGUUUGCUACCGCUUGUGCAGUUGGAUAAAUUAUGCAUGAAAGAGUAGCAAUUAUCUUCUGGAUGAGCAGUAUUAGUUGAUCUGAUUUAUUUUGUUCUUGUGGUGUGUUAAAAACAGAUGAACUCCAUUGAUGCAGCCAUAGACAGAAGGAUAUCCGAGAGCCGGCUUGCUGGCCGUAUGCCAUUCUAGUAUCCGGCAGGCAUGCUGGAAGUUAAGUCAGAAGGACUCGAUGAUCAUCAAGGAGCAAUUUAUUUUGGAAUUAUGCAGUGGUAAAUCGAUAGUGACAAUACUUGAGAAGCCUGGUUGAGUUUGUUAUUGCAGCAGUGGGUGGGUCGUGCAAUCGGAGAUGGUAGACCAUUUUAUGGGGUGAACUUGACAAAUUGGCUGUCAAGUUGCUAAACAGUCACGUUGGGUUCCAAGUAGGGUGAUCCAAUCUUAAUGUAAUUUAUUUUACAAUGAUUAUAAUCUGAUUGUCUUGUCAUAAAAAACCGUGGAUUAGACAA